AUGGGUAAAGAUAAGAAGAAAGAGAGUAAAAAGGGAGACAAGUCGGCGACUACUCCAGCCCAUGACACAUCCAUGGAGUUAGCCGUUUCCAACCAGAAUGUCCCACCUCUGGCAGACCAGGGGGACGAACACUUGGCUUCUCAGGUAGCUUCCAAAGAAGAAAACAAGGACGCAGAGCCUCCCCCUGUCCCUGAACCCAUUGAGUAUGAAGAACCCAUCCUCACACAACUGAUUGUUGAAAGCUACGAGGGAGAAAAGGUCCGAGGCUUGUAUGAAGGGGAAGGAACUGCCUAUUUUCAAGGAGGCAACGUCUACAAGGGCAUGUUUUCAGAAGGGCUCAUGCACGGACGAGGGACUUACACGUGGGCCGAUGGAGUGCAGUACGAGGGAAACUUCGUCAAGAAUGUGCAAAUGGAUCAUGGCACUUACAAGUGGCUGGACGGCAGCACGUACGAAGGUGAAGUGAAGAAUGGGAUCAGAAACGGUUUCGGCAUGUACAAAUGUGGCACCUAUCCUGUUUCGUACAUUGGCCAGUGGGUGGAAGGCAAGAGACACGGCAAGGGCACCAUUUACUACAACGAGUCCGGUUCUUCUUGGUACGAAGGAGACUUUGUGAAUAACAUAAAAAGUGGAUGGGGAGUAAGACGUUACAAAUCUGGAAAUAUCUAUGAAGGGCAAUGGGAGAGAGACCUACGCCAUGGAGAAGGACGAAUGAGGUGGCUAACAUCAAACCAGGAAUACACUGGAAUGUGGGUUAAUGGUGUACAGCACGGGCAAGGUACCCACACCUGGUAUCUGAAGAGGAUCGCUGGGUCACAGUAUCCCCUAAGGAAUGAGUACGUGGGAGAGUUCGUCAACGGUGAUCGGCACGGACACGGGAAAUUCUUCUUUGCCAGCGGCGCCAUGUACGACGGAGAAUGGGUGCUGAACAAAAAACAUGGCGCGGGCAAGCUGGUUUUCAAGAACGGCCGUGUGUACGAAGGCGAAUUUAACUACGAUCACAUAACGGAAUGCCCAUCCUUGCAAAUAGACAUGACCAAUAUGGAAGCACUGAGCAACCGCUCUUUGAAGGGUUUUUCUGGCAUAGAUAGUGUCAAAGUUGUCGAUCAUUCCAGGAUCUCCUCUUUGUCAGGACCAAACAUCGAAAUAGAUCUUUCGACCUUGUUGGCUUUAUUUCCGGAAAAAGAUAAGGAAGAUGAAAUGAAACAGACAGAAUACGCUGUGCUGAGAUACAUUUCUGAGCUGAGGAGGAUCUACACCUUCUACAGCAGCCUGGGCUAUGACCACUCGCUGGACAACACCUUCCUGAUGACCAAGCUUCAGUUCUGGAGGUUCUUGAAGGACUGCAGGUUUCACUACUGCAACCAGACCCUCGCUUCCAUGGACCGCAUUCUCAACGAUAAAACGUUACUGGAAGAGAUUCAUUCUCCAUAUGAGACUUUGCUACUUCGGAUGUUUUUGACGUACCUGAUUUACCUGUCCUUCCACAUUUAUCACAAGGAUUUUGAUGACACAAGCCCUCGCCUAUUCAAGUGCUUCUCCAAGCUGAUGGUCAAGAAUAUUUGUCCCCAUGCCUGCCGUAUCAAAGGCAUUUUGUUCAGCGACCGACAGCAAGCCGUCUAUGCGCUCAGCUACAUCGAUAAGUGCUGGGAGGUUUUCCAGGCGUUCUGUAGACCAAGCACUCUCCCUCCUUACGAACCUACAAUGAAGAUGAGACACUUCAUUUGGAUGCUGGAAGAUUUAAGACUCAUAAGCAAACAACUAACAGCUACCAAGGUUGUGGGUAUCUUGGCCAAAGACAAUCCUUUCGUCUCGGAGGCAGAGAUUCUGAAUUUGGAGCACGAGCUUGUCUUCCUCGAGUUCUUUGAAGCUCUGGUAGACUGCGCUCUUCUUUAUGUCACCGACGAGAUGUUAAAGCAGCAGGCUGAUGAGGUGGCCCAAGCGGUCACGGCCUCUUACCGACCAGACGAGCUGACAGACAAGAGUGAAGCUGCCUCUUUGCCUCCCGAAUUGCCUUCUCCUCAGUCCACUCGUACUAGAAGCACCAGCAGUGACAGCACUGAAGCCACCGACGCCAGCACCAUCCAAAUUGGCUCCAAAUAUUCCUCAAGCAAGAUUGUGCAUUUCGUGGAAGUGGGCAAGAGCAAGAAGUCUCAGAAAGGGAAAAGCAAGGAGGGGAAGAAAGAGGAGAAAUCCCACAGAGGAAAGUCCCAUGGCAAAGAAAAACUUGCUUCCCCUCAAAGCGUAACUGUGAAUGUCGUGUUUUCUCCCAUACCGGAAGAGAAAGAAGCAGUCAUUGGACCUCCACCCGUCUUAGAAAAGGAGAAGGAUAAAAGUAGUCCAAUGAAGGAAUUAGCAGGGUGCAUCAUUAAAAGGAUGCACAGAUCAGAUCAGGACGACCUUCCCGCUACCGUUUAUUUUGUUGAUUCUUUUCCAGAAAAGCUCGAAAAAGAGAAAAACAAGGAAAAAGACAAGCUGAAUCUCUGGAUGAGCCAGAUGUACAUUUUCUUUGUCAAAAAGUUUUUUGCCAGCUACAAGAAUUGGCAGGUGGUGAACGAAACCAUCGUCGAUAACAGAGCUCGGGAAGCUGAACUCUUAAUCCUGAGGAAAAAACAAGAGGAGGAAGAAGAGGCCAAGCUCAAGGCACUGAAAGAGGCUGAGGAGGCCCGAAAAUUAGAAGAAGCGGCCGCUGAGAAAGCAGCCUUGGAACUGGAAGAAAAUCUGACUCGGGAAAUGGAGGAAAAUCUAAGCCAGGCCCAAUCCCCCCCGAAGGAGGACUCCCCAACAUUGGUUCAGAGCACAGCCGGCAGCAAGGCAGUCGUCGCAGGGAAGAAGAAGAAGAAGUGAGACGGGGCCACCCACGGCCACCGUUACAGACAGUUCUCGGCCUACAA